AUGGCCGACUACUACCACGGCGGCAGGGUCAUGUACUCCAACACCGACGACGAGUGCUACGACGCCGGCAGGCACGGCGGCAGCAUGAGGGCCUACUCGCGCACCGACGAGUACUACGACAACGUGCAGGACGACCGCAUCAGGAGGCCCGCCGCGUACGCCAACGACGACUGCGGCUACGGCGGCAGGCAGACCGCCGUGUACAACGACGAGUACUCCCGCGGCGGCUAUGGCGGCUACGGCGGCGAGCAGGAGCACUUCAAGAGGGAGGAGAAGGAGCACAAGCACAAGGAGCGCCUCGGCGCGAGGUGGGCGCCCUCGCCGGCGGCGCCUUUGCCCUGGUAA